AUGGCGCCGAUCAAGCGGAAGGGGAAUGCCCCCGAGGAAACGGCUACUCGACAGCCCCAGAAGCGCGCUAAAGUGGGUGCCGAUGAGCGCAAAAAAGAUCAGAAGAAAGAGAAAGAUGCCCUGGCCCCGAAAGCUUCGGAACUGUCUGUGCUGCGGGAGGAUGAACCAUCAUUUCCCCGUGGUGGUGGCAGCGUCCUGACGCCAUUGGAGCGCAAGCAAAUCCAGAUUCAGGCGACCAAGGAUGUCCUGUUUGAACAGAAGGGACCGAAAGGACCGAAGAAACCGGCCGGUGGAGUCGAAGAUGCCGACGAGGACGACGUCGAAAUGGAAGACGCAGAGGAUACUGCGCCUACUACGAAAAAGUCGCGGAAGAAGAAGACAAAGGGAAAGAAGGAUGCUGACCAGGAGCCCGCUGAGAAGGAGGAUGUUCGCAUUGAGGGUCUGACCUUUAAGCGCAUUGUGCCCGGAUCUAUGAUUCUUGGUCAAGUGUCGAGUAUCAAUGCCCACGAUAUCGCCCUGUCCCUUCCCAACAAUCUCACUGGCUACGUCCCUCUCACCGCGGUCUCGAAGGGCAUCGAACAAAAGAUUGAGAAGAUGCUUAACGACGAGGAGGGCGAUGACGAGGAAGAAAGCUCAGAUGAGGAUUCCUUGGAACUGAAAGACUAUUUCUACCUGGGUCAAUAUUUGCGAGCAUUCGUGGUGUCCGCCGGUAGCAACACCAAUGAGACUAGCGGCAAAAGCAAGAAACGCAUUGAACUGUCGGUUGAUCCCAGACAAGCCAACACGGGUCUCUCUAAAUCCGACCUGGUUGCGAACUCGGCGGUCCAAGCAUCCGUCGUCAGUGUGGAGGAUCACGGUCUGGUCAUGGACCUUGGCAUCGAAGGCUCCGACUUGAAGGGCUUCAUGUCCUCCAAAGAAGGCGACCCUCGAAUUGAGUAUUCGAGCAUCAAGGAAGGAUCCGUGUUCCUGUGUAUGAUCACAGGCCAGAACACCAGUGGCAAUGUUGUCAAACUGUCUGCCAAUCUCCAAUCUUCCGCCUCGAUCAAGAAAUCUCACUAUCUCGCCUCCGCCCCUACCAUCGCUUCUUUCCUUCCGGGUGUUGCUGCUGAGAUUCUUUUGACUGAGGUUUCUUCACAUGGAAUGGCUGGAAAGAUCAUGGGCAUGCUGGACACCACGGUUGACUUGGUUCACUCUGGCGCCAACGCUGGCAAGGAUGAUUUGGAGAAGAAGUUCAAGAUUGGUGCCAAGCUGAAGGCCCGUAUCGUUUCCACUUUCCCAUCCGCGGAGCCAUUCAAGGUUGGGUUUUCGAUGCUCGACCACGUUCUCAAGCUGUCGCCGGAUGCUCAUGGCCCUGGUUCGUCCGAUGAUGCACCAGCUAUCUCGGCAAUCGUUUCCGAGGCCAAGGUCGUGAAGGUCGACUCUGGACUUGGUGUCUAUGUUCAGCUCAAUGGAACGGGUCACCUUGGUUUUGUCCACAUUUCUAGGCUAUCAGACGGCAAGGUCGACUCUAUCUCCGCUGAUUCAGGCCCGUACAGCGUUGGGUCUUCCCACGAGGCCAGAAUCGUCGGGUACAACAUGCUCGAUAACCUCUACCUCCUGUCAUUCGAAAAGACUGUCAUCGAACAGCCCUUCCUUCGCAUUGAGGAUGUCACCGUUGGCGCGACUGUGAAAGGAAAGGUAGAGAAGAUUUUGAUUGGUCCUACCGGAAUGGAUGGAUUGAUUGUUGGUCUGGCAGAUGGGAUUAGCGGACUUGUGCCUUCUAUGCACUUUGCAGAUACCCAGCUUCAGUUCCCAGAGAAGAAGUUCCGCGACGGCAUGAAAAUCUCGGCCCGAAUUUUGUCAGUCAACUUGGAGAAGCGCCAGAUUCGCUUGACCCUGAAGAAGAGCUUGCUCAACAGCGAGUCUGCCAUCUGGAAGGACUACGAAGGCAUUGUUGCUGGGUCUCAAUCCCCUGGAACCAUCGUCAACCUUCAGGCACACGGUGCUGUUGUCCAAUUCUAUGGCUCUAUUCGCGGCUUCCUGCCCGUGUCGGAGAUGAGCGAGGCUUACAUCAAAGAUCCAGCCCAGCAUUUCAAACUGGGUCAAGUGGUCAAUGUUCAUGCACUCAGUGUGGACGCAUCAACGGGCAGACUUACUGUGUCGUGUAAGGAUCCCUCGACAUUCACUGAGAAGUACCGCAAGGCCUUUGAAGAUAUCCACCCCGGUCUCCUAGUUACCGGAACAGUGUUUGAAAAGUCCACCGACGACGUCCUGCUUAAGCUCGACGACUCAGGACUGGUCGCUCGUCUGGACGCUCAGCAUAUCAUCGAUGGGUCUCCGUCCAAGCAGAGCUCUACUCUCUCCAAAAUUCGAGUCGGACAAAAGCUGAACGAUCUUCUGGUUCUCGAUAUCCAGCGUUCCCGCCGUCUCAUCAGAGUGUCUGGCAGAGCCAGCCUGAAGAAGGCCUCCAAGGGCAAGACCAUGCCCAGCCAGUUUGAUCAACUACAGGAGGGUUCCGCAGUCACGGGUUUUGUCCGGAAUAUCACUCCCGCUGGUGUGUUUGUUGAGUUCCUCGGUGAACUCAAUGGUCUGGUCCCGAAGCGUCUCAUCGAAGAUGCCAACCUCUCGCAACCCCAGUUCGGCCUGUCGAAGGGACAAACUGUCUCUGUGACAGUCCACUCCGUGGAACCUGACUUGCAGCGUUUCAUUUUGAGCAUGAAGCCUGUUGAGGCCUCUCAUGCAGGCCCUAAGCAAAAGGCUGCCCCUGCCGACGAUGUCGUCGCAAACCCCGUUGACGACAAUAUCAAGGCCAUGUCUGACUUCACCUUCGGGCGGAUCGUCAAGUGCAAGAUUGCUUCCAUCAAGGCCACUCAAGUCAACGUCCAAUUGGCAGACAACAUCCAAGGUCGGAUUGACGUUUCCGAGGUCUUCGACAACUGGGAGGAUCUCAAGGAUCGGAAACAGCCUCUUCGAUUCUUCCGUCCCAAGCAGGAACUCUCUGCCCGGAUCCUGGGCAUUCACGAUGCUCGCAACCACAAGUUCUUGCCUGUCAGCCAUCGCACCGGGAAAUACCCAGUGUUCGAGCUCACGCUCAAGCCGAGCUUCUUGAAAGCAGCCAACCCAGCUCCGCUGAACCUGGAGCAGGUUCAAGUCGGCUCGUCCUGGAUGGGCUUCGUCAAUAAUGUUGCCGAUGACUGUCUCUGGAUCAACCUAACCCCCAACGUGCGAGGCAGACUUCGUUUCAUGGAUGCAUCUGAUGACCUCUCUCUGUUGACGGAUGUGGAGAAGAACUUCCCCAUUGGAUCUGCACUCAAGGUCCAGGUUACUGCUGUUAACCCUGAAAAGGGCCACCUUGAUCUUUCCGCCCGCCAAGGCUUCGACAAGCUCGCCUUUGGAGAUAUCUCCGUCGGCAUGAUCUUGCCUGGAAGAGUUACCAAGGUCACCGAGCGCCAGGUGCUCUUGCAGCUCGGUGAGGGGCUUGUCGGUGCCGUCAAUAUGAUUGACCUGGCCGACGACUACUCCAAGGCUAAUCCGACGGUCUACCACAAGAACGAGGUGCUUCGCGCUUGUGUGGUUGCCGUUGAUAACUCAAGCAAGAAGAUUGCUUUGUCGCUCCGGCCUUCCAAGGUUCUCAGCUCGUCGAUGCCAAUCCAGGACCGCGAAAUCACAUCCAUAAAGGAUCUGAAAGCCAACGAUGUCGUCAGAGGCUUCGUGAAGAAGAUUGCAGACUCUGGUCUCUUUGUUACCGUGGGCAACGACGUGACUGCCUACGUUCGCGUGUCCGAGCUUUCGGAUUCAUAUCUCAAGGAAUGGAAGGAUUCCUUCCAGGUGGACCAGCUGGUCAAGGGCCGGGUCACUCUGGUUAACCCAGAGCAGGGCAAGCUGCAGAUCAGCCUGAAGGAGUCUGUGCUGGACCCCAACUACAAGACUCCGGUCCGGCUUGAAGACCUCAAGGUGGGCCAGGUGGUGACGGGCAAAAUCCGCAAGGUCGAGGAAUUCGGUGCAUUCAUUGUCAUUGACCGCUCCGCUAAUAUCAGCGGUCUCUGCCACCGCAGCGAAAUGGCUGAGAAGCGCGUUGAAGAUGCCCGGACCUUGUAUGACGAAGGCGACGCCGUGAAAGCCAAGAUCAUUAAGAUUGAUCGCGAGCAGAACAAGAUCUCGUUCUCGCUCAAGGCCUCCCACUUCCAAGAUGAGGAUGAUGAGGAGAUUGACAGCGAGGACGAAGAAGAUGGUGUGCGCAUUGACGGCCUUGGCAAUGUCGAGGUCGGAGACAGCGACGACGAAGACGAGGAUGAUGAUGACGAUGUGUCUAUGGGAGGACUCGAUUUGGAAGACGACAGUGACGAGGAAGGCUCGGACAGCGACGAAGAUGUGCCGAUGAAAGACAGCAAGCCCACCAAAACUGGAGGACUCGGUGCGGCUGGCUUUGACUGGAGCGGCAACGUCCAAAAUGACGAGGCUCAGGCCGCCGCCUCAGACAGUGACGAGGAGCAGACGAAGAAAAAGAAGAAGAACCGCAAGCCCGAGAUUCAAGUCGACCGCACCGGCGAUCUUGAUGCCAACGGCCCACAGUCUGUCGCGGAUUACGAGCGUCUUCUUCUGGGUGAGCCUGACUCGUCUCUUCUGUGGCUGCAGUACAUGGCCUUCCAGCUGGAACUGGGCGAAGUCGAAAAGGCCCGGGCCAUUGCCGAGCGUGCGCUGCGCACCAUCACUAUGGGCCAGGAUGCCGAGAAGCUCAAUGUGUGGGUUGCCCUGCUGAACUUGGAGAACACCUAUGGCAAUGACGACAGCCUCGAGGACGUCUUCAAGCGCGCGUGCCAAUACAACGAACCGCAGGAGAUUUACGAGCGGAUGAUCAGCAUCUACAUCCAGUCCGGCAAGAACGAGGUAUGCACCGACCUGCUUCUCCCCGCAACCCAGUUCGCUACGGAAUUCAUUGCUAACAACCAUUCUCUACAGAAAGCAGAUGAGCUCUUCGGAGCAGCUCUCAAGAAGAAGAUCUGCACCCAAUCCCCCAAGGUCUUCCUCAACUUCGCCACCUUCCUCUUCGACACCAUGGCCGCACCGCAGCGUGGCCGGGCUCUUCUGCCGCGCGCCAUCCAGUCCCUGCCAAAGCACACUCACGUCGAGACGACCACCAAGUUCGGACAACUGGAGUUCCGCUCCCCGAACGGCGACGUGGAGCGCGGCCGCACGGUGUUCGAGGGCCUGCUAUCCUCGUUCCCCAAGCGCAUUGACCUGUGGAACGUGCUUCUAGACCUAGAGAUCAAGGCCGGCGAUGCGGAGCAGGUACGCCGGCUGUUUGAGCGGGUCCUUGGCCUACAGAGCGGCAAGAAGGGUGGCGCCGUUAGCGUAGACGAAAGCAAGAAGCUCAAGCCCAAGCAGGCUCGAUUCCUGUUCAAGAAGUGGCUGGCCUUUGAGGAGAAGCGGGCUGCUGCCGGGGAGGGAGAUGAGAAGAUGGUCGAGGAGAUCAAGGCGCGCGCUGCGGCCUAUGUCAAAUCUCUGCAGAAGGAGGAGGAUGAGUGA